AUGGCCUCCGACUCCACCUACUUGGCCAUUCCUGGCUCUGUUGCCUUCUCCCGUUCUCGUGGUCGUGCAAUUGCUGCCAGCAUUGGUGCACAGGAUGUCCGUGCCCAAUGGGUUCAUUACGUUUACCUCUCCCAGCCGCUGGACGCUCCCCAACAAGGUGUCUUGGAACAGCUCCUUCACUAUGGCGAUAUCACCGACGUCCCGCCCUCGUUCAGCGCUGAAGAUGGUCCUUCCGAUGUCUUCCACAUCUUCCCCCGCACUGGUACAAUCUCCCCCUGGAGCUCUCAGGCUACCGGUAUCUCCCAUGUUUGUGGUCUGCGCAAAUACGUCAACCGCAUUGAGCGGGGUAUGAAGAUCUCCUGCCUGCGCGCAGGCUCUGGCGAGUACAAGUCGGGAUACCAGGACAUCUUGCACGAUCGGAUGACUCAGGUCAUCAGCGAGGAAGAGCCUGACUUGCACCUGAUGUUCUCUGAGCACAGCCGUCUGCCGCUCGAGACGAUCCCUCUGCACGGAAGUGGCAAAUCUCCCAAGGAGGUCCUGCAGGAGGCAAACAAGCGGCUCGGGUUGGCUCUUGAAGAGUCCGAAAUCGAUUACCUGGCUGAAGCCUAUGGUCCCAAUGGCCCUAUUGCUCGCGACCCGACCGAUGUCGAGCUGUUCAUGUUCGCUCAGGUCAACUCCGAGCAUUGCCGUCAUAAGCAGUUUAACGCAUCGUGGGUCAUCGACGGAAAGCAGAUGCCUAACAGUCUGUUUGCCAUGAUCCGCAACACCCACAAAAAGCAUCCAGAGUACACUGUCAGUGCCUACAGCGAUAACGCUGCUGUCCUUGAAGGAGACGAAUCCGCUUUCUGGGCUCCCAACUCGGCCACUGGUGAAUGGAACCACACUAAGGAACUUGUUCAUUUCCUGGCUAAGGUCGAAACACACAACCACCCCACAGCAGUUUCCCCCUACCCUGGUGCUGCGACCGGAUCUGGUGGUGAGAUUCGUGAUGAAGGUGCCGUGGGCCGGGGUUCGAAGCCCAAGGCUGGUCUCUCUGGUUACUGUGUUUCCGAUCUCCUCAUCCCGGAUCUGAGGCAACCUUGGGAGCUCGAUGUCGGUAAGCCCAACCACAUCGCAAGCAGUCUGGACAUCAUGCUCGAGGCACCCAUCGGUAGUGCUCAUUACAACAACGAGUUCGGACGGCCCUGCAUUUCCGGUUACUUCCGUACCCUCUUGACUGAGAUCGAAGUUGGUAACGGCCAGACCGAGCUCCGCGGCUACCACAAGCCCAUCAUGAUUGCUGGUGGUGUCGGAACUGUUAGACCCGACCAUGCCAUCAAGAAGCCCGAGGCUGUCAAGCCUGGAGCCUUCCUUGUUGUGCUGGGUGGGCCUGCCAUGCUGAUUGGUCUCGGUGGCGGUGCUGCCUCUAGUAUUACCUCUGGUGAAGGAUCUGCCGACCUUGACUUCGCCAGUGUGCAGAGAGGUAACGCUGAAGUUCAGCGCAGGGCUCAGGAAGUGAUCAACGCAUGCACGGCUAUGGGUGACAACAACCCCAUUAAGUUUAUUCAUGAUGUUGGUGCUGGAGGUCUUUCCAAUGCUCUUCCCGAACUGAUCCAUGACUCUGGUCUGGGAGCCACUUUCGAACUUCGUGAGGUGGACAGUGCCGACAAGAGCAUGAGCCCCAUGCAGAUCUGGUGCUGCGAAGCUCAGGAAAGAUAUGUGCUGGCCGUUGGCGAGGAGAGCAUGAACAAGUUCACUGCUAUUGCUCACCGUGAGCGUUGCGGUUUCUCUGUCGUCGGCCGUGGUGGUGGCACGUCGGAGGAAGAGAAGAGGCUUAUUCUCUUGGACAGGGACUCCACUGAGUACCCCAAGCCCAUUGAUCUGCCUCUCUCUGUCCUUUUCGGAAAGCCUCCGAAGAUGACUAGGGUCGUGGAUUCCCGCAAAUUGAAGCUGCCCGCUGUGGAUGCCAUGGCCAUGGGUGAAAAGCCCAGUCUUGCUUUGAUCUCCCCCGCGGCUUCCGCGCGCAUGGCAGUCGCAGAAUCUCUUAUGAACAUUGCUGCCGCUGACCUGGUCGACCGCCUGAGCCGUGUGAAGCUUUCCGCCAACUGGAUGUCGGCUAGCAACCACCCAGGCGAGGGUGCCGCCAUUUAUGAGGCUGUUGAGGCCAUUGGUAUGGAUCUCUGCCCCAAGCUUGGCAUCAGCAUUCCUGUUGGAAAGGACUCUAUGUCCAUGAAGAUGAAGUGGAAGGAUGAGGCUUCUCAGGAAGCCAAAGAGGUUACUGCCCCCAUGUCUCUGGUCAUCACUGCCUUCGCCCCUGUUGGCAACUUCCGGAAGACCUGGACCCCUGCCCUUCGGCGUCCCGAGGAGGUUGGCGAGACUGUUCUCAUGUUCGUUGAUCUUUCUUUCGGUCGGAAGACUCUUGGUGGUUCUGCUCUUGCUCAAGUCUUCAAGCAGGUUGGUGACGAGUGCCCUGACGUGCGUGAUGUUGAGAUCUUCAAGGACUUCUUCGAUGCUACGCAAUCUUUGCAAGACGCCGGUAUCGUUCUGGCCUACCACGAUCGCUCCGACGGUGGUCUGUUCACCACUCUUGCGGAGAUGAUGUUUGCUGGACGCUGCGGUGUUGAGAUCAUGCUCGACAACAUUUGCUCCAGCUCCAGCACCAAGGAUGUUGUGGAGACUCUUUUCACUGAGGAAUUGGGUGCCGUGUUCCAGGUCCGCAAGGAGCACGAAAUUCAGUUCCGCUCUUGCUUUGCCACCUGCGGUCCUCCUGCUGGUCUGAUCCACAAGAUUGGACGUGUCUCCGAGAAGCCGAAGACGAACCUUACCAUCUACCACAAGCACACCCUGGUGUACCGCAACAGUCGCGCCAACCUCCAGCAAACCUGGGCCACCACCUCCUACAACAUGCAGAAGAUCCGUGACAACGCUGCUUGCGCCGAUCAGGAGUUUGCCAGCAUUGCCGACGAUGCCGACCCUGGUCUGUCCUGGAACCUGACCUUCGACCCGAAGGACAAGGCCAUGCCUUUUAUGACCAGUCUGACUCAAAUGUCCCCCUUCAGCAACAAGCCCCGUGUUGCCAUCCUCCGUGAACAGGGUGUAAACAGUCAAGCAGAGAUGGCCUUUGCUUUCAGCAAUGCUGGCUUCUCUGCUGUUGACGUUCACAUGACCGACAUCAUCUCCGGCCGUGUAUCCCUCUCCAGCUUCGUUGGUCUCGCCGCCUGCGGUGGUUUCUCGUACGGUGAUGUCCUGGGUGCUGGUCAGGGUUGGGCCAAGUCUGUCCUGCUGCACGAGAACACCCGCAACGAAUUCCAGUCCUUCUUCCAGCGUCCCGACACUUUCGCUCUUGGUGUCUGCAACGGUUGCCAGUUCCUUUCCCGUCUUAAGGAUCUGAUCCCUGGCGCUCAGAACUGGCCCAGCUUCGAGCGGAACGCCAGCGAACAGUACGAAGGUCGUGUCUGCAUGGUCCGCGUCUCCGACCCCAAUCCUUCCCGCCCCAGUGUCUUCCUGCACGGCAUGAACGGCUCCUCUCUCCCCAUCGCAGUCGCCCACGGAGAGGGUCGCGCCUCGUUCGCUCCCGCUUCCGGCACCACCCCUCAAUCGUUCGUCAACGACGGCGGUGCUGUCGUCCAGUAUGUCGACACUGCCACCCUCAAGCCGACCAUGAAGUACCCUGCCAACCCCAACGGCAGUCCCGAGGGUAUUGCGGGUAUCCGCAACGCUGAUGGUCGUGUCUUGGCUAUCAUGCCUCAUCCCGAGCGUACUGUUCUGGGUGGUAUUGCCAGCUAUCUGCCUAGCAAGGCUGAGGAGUGGGGUGACAUUGGUCCUUGGGGCCGUGUCUUCUACAGCGCCAGAAGAUGGGUUGGUUAA